AUGGAACAAUAAGGACUGAUUAAAGAAUGGAUUGUCAUAUAAAAGAUUACACUUGAAUAGAGUGCACGGCGAGUAUGCUUCAUAGAUCAUAAUAUGUUCACAUUAUCAGAACAUGGGAAAGAAUAGAUAUCUAUCUUUGAGAUGAACAGUAUAAAUGAAUAGUUUACAAAGACUAAAGAUAUUCAUGUAAAAUGUGGAUCAGAUAGUUGUACUUUAUUUCCUUAAUAACUUAUACAUUCAAAAUACAUCCUUGUGAGUAAGAAUGGCGAAUAUGUCAAUUUGAUAAGAAAAACAUUAAAUGGGCAGUUUCUAACUCAAUAAUCUAUUCAUUUUAAUACAUAUUCAUCAUAUGGAGGAAUGAGUGAUAAUGGAGAGUAUUUGAUCACUUGGGAUAAUAAAUCAAAACAAAUACAAAUCAGAACGUAUUAGCAAUCAUGA